AUGUUAUCCAAUCGGCAGAUAAAACGAGCCUGCGACCACUGCCACGCUGUCAAAGAGAAAUGCCGCAGACUGGACCCCAAGCGACCCUGUGAGAGAUGCGCCCGGCUCAGCCAGAAAUGCGAGACGAGGCGAGAUAUCACCAAGACAGGUCGGAAAUCGCGUUUCGCCCGGCGAUUAGCGUAUACCCUGCCCAAUGCCACCGAAGCCGCCUGCAUCAGCGGCUAUGUAGAUGAUCUGCCGUUAUACAAUGCAGGACUUGGCAGCAAUACGGCCAUGCUGCCGGGGCUUGACGCCUGGGAGAUGCACUUUGUGAACUUGAUGAAAGACGGCGAAGGAUCAUCGCCCCUGGACAAAUUCCUGGUAGGGCCGAGCUUCUACCAGUCGCAUCAUGUGGCCUUCAUGCAGAGCAUCAUGAAGCCGACGUCGCCUCUCAAGGAUGCAGCCGUCGCGUGUGCGGCAGUUCUCUUUGGUGACCAUGAGGCCGAGUACGCCGGCACGAGCAUGGAGAUCGCCUACGAGCGAGCUGCCCGGGCAGUCUCUCUUCGCUCGUGCCGGAUCUCGAAUGCGACCGAUCUGGGUACCGUGCUCGUCCUUGGGAUGUCCUUGACGACGUUUGCCAUGCACGUCGCCGAGGGCCAUCCAUCUCUUAUCUCGCACUACAUACUAAGCCUGGUGGAGCCACAAUAUGAGCGCUUCUUGCCACCUCGAUCGGUGUUGACAGACUUCCUGAUGUGCCUGAUUUGCACCGAAACCUUCGAGUGUCUCUUGAGAUCCGAAACGCCCGCGAUGAGGGUAAAUACCGACGGUCGCAGUGAAGUCGUGGACCGCUAUGUCGGGAUUAGCUAUCCCAUCUUUCCUCUCCUUUACGAUAUCUGCCAAAUCAGCAGCUGCAUGAGAACAAGUCCGGGUGUAGAGAGCCAUGAACGAGCUGAUCGGUUGACAGAAUUAAGCAGUGCCCUCGAAAAAUGGCAGCCCUCACCUCCACCGGACCUUCUCCGCCGGUUCUCUCAAUCCGAGGCCGUUGGCAUCCUCGCCCAAGCCAGGAUCCUCCGGCUACUGGGGCUCCUCAUUAUUCACCGACUCCAACAUCCCUACGGCAGAAAAGAUCAUGCCGCGAGCAGAGUAUCGCAGGCUAUCAUUGCCGAAUUCGAAAUGCUCCUUGAGCGCACCGGGCGGUCCGUUCCAUGUACCGCGCUUGCAUACUUGGCUGCAUGUUUCGAAAUUGUGGACGCGGAGUCAAGGGGGCACGCAAUAUCCAGAAUGCCGGAGAUCAUUACAUUUUCACGCCAGUCGCAGAUCAAAUUUCACGCUCGCUUGAUCGCGGUUUGGAACGCCAGGGAUCUCGACCACUCGUUUUGUUGGUUCGAGCUCGGCAGGUACUUGUGUGAGUCUAAAUGA